AUGGCAGACACCAAGCCCACCACAACUGAGCCUUCAGAACCCACUCUGGAUACCAUGACAUGGGUGGAGGUCACCCAGCACGCCGAAGAGAUCCUUGAACGCUUCCAAAACGAUGAGACCACCUUCCAACGCUGGGAAGUCAAAGUGGUCUGGGAAUACUGGCGCGGUUUCGAGAUGAUGGGCCUCAACCCUAAGCUUUCGAUUCUCAAGUUCAUGCAGGACGUUGUCAUUCCUUUCGCGACUUCACGAGUUCAGUCUCGGCUGCAGUGUUAUACCCGCCACGAAAAGGCUAUCGGAGCAGACAAAUCCAAGGCUCACAAGAUUGAGACUUCCGUUGACGAAGGACCCGCUGUUGUUUAUCGCAAGGGCAGCUCGCCAGAGACUGCAGCCGCGAAAAAGGCAGAAGAAGUUCAGCAUGUACCAAGGCCCGCUCUGAGACCAGACUCGGCCGUGACACGGCCUUCUCCUCAGCUUAUUCAGUGGGACCUCGGAGCUUACAUGAGAGCGAACACAGCUACCAGACCUUCGCCUCCUCAAGCUCAGUCUGAGCAUAUUGAAGACGCGACGCAGUCUUCUUUCGCAGAGUCAUCGUCAUCCAUCACCAGCAAAGACGUGCGUCCCAUCUCCUCUUCACCCGCCCCGUUCCACAGAGUCCCUCUCAAGGAAGCUGCCGAAAACAUCCUCAAAUCGCCAAUCUCCAAUUCGAAGCUCAUCACCCAAGGACCUCACACGGAUAACGGAUUCCCCGCUGCGUUGACAAGUCGAGUUGAAGGACACCCGGAGCUGAUCAAGAUCGUCUGCAAUAAUAAGGAGGAAAUUGUCAAUGUUGAAGACUUGGUUGCGAAUAACUAUCUCCUGCGAUCUACUGUCGAGUCUCUCAAUACGACUGCUACCUCGAUGCAAGCGAUCAUCGAGGCUCAGAAGGAUAGAAUUGAUGCUUUGAGUGGCUACAUCGCAUCGCAGCAUGAGAAGAUCAAGAGCCUCACUGACAAGCUUACGCUGGCAAAGCAUGCUGACAAAUGA